AUGAGUCGGCUCGGAACAAACCUCACGUGCAGACUCCCAGACGGCCGAACCCUGGGCUACGCGGAAUUUGGCUGUCCCAACGGCCGUCCGCUGAUGUGGUUCCACGGCUUCCCCAUGUCGCGGCUGGACGGGUGGGCCGCCGACAGGAUUGCUCGGCGCCGUGGCAUUCGCGUCAUUGCACCGGACCGCCCGGGCUUCGGCCUCUCUACCUUCCAGCCAAGCCGUCGCAUCGUCGACUGGCCCGCCGAUGUGAAGGCUCUGGCCGAUCAUAUCGGCAUCAAACGCUUCGCUGUUCUCGGUUUGUCCGGCGGCGGACCCUAUGCCGUGGCGUGUGCGUACGCGCUGCCGGAACAAACGAUGACUGCUUGCGGGGUCUUGAUUGGUGGCCCGCCAUGGGAAGCUGGCCCGCAUUACAUGCCGUGGUUUGCGAGACUUACUUCGUGGGCUUCAAACUACUGCCCUACAGUGCUGCAGGCCUUGUCAGCUAUGCUUAUCGGUAGCCUUAGGUGGAUCAUGACAACCGGUUGGGCAACGAAGAAGCUGGAUGCCUUUCUGGAAAGGCUGAGCAAAGAAAGGAGAGAGACGGAAGCCGCUGAGCGAGCUGCAGGCAAUAUCACCGAUGAGCCAGAACCUGAGAUCUCGGCAGCUGACCGUCGACAACGCGCGAUGGCCAACUGGUUCGGCGGCUUCGAUCAAGGCUCUAAGGCUUUCGUGCAGGAGGCGCGACUACUCUCUGCGCCGACCUGGGGCUUCCGCUUGGAAGAUGUUGAGUACGACAAGGUCCAGAUAUGGCACGGAGCGAAGGACUUCAACUCGCCGAUUGAGAUGAUGCGCUAUUUGGCAAAGAGGCUGCAGCAUGCCGACCUCCAUGAGUACAGAGACGACAAUCACUUUACUAUGUUUGAACGUUUGGACGCAGUGAUCAAUGCACUCAUGCACGAAGAUGCAUGA